CGCGGGGUCCGCGUCUGCGGCUGCGUUCCCCGAAAGACGAAGCUGCGCCCCGGUUCCGGUCCGCAGGGAGACCGAAGGGCAUCGCUUACCGCGCCGCGCCCGCCGCUGAGCCCGGAGUGCGGACACCCCAGGGAUGUGAGUGCGCCCCCGACCCCGAAGCCCGCACUCCACGCCCCGAUUCGCGGCCUGAGCCCCAGAGGACCCCCGCCUGUAGCCCCCGCGCCUUUCUCAGGCCCUCCCGGAGCAUGCUGCCUGCAGCCAUGAAGAGCCUUGGCCUGGCGCUGCUGGCCUUGCUCCUGUGCCCCUCGCCGGCCCAUGGCCUGUGGUGCCAGGACUGCACCUUGGCCAAUUCCAGCCAUUGCGCCCCGAAGCAGUGCCAGCCGACCGACACCGUUUGUGCCAGCGUGCGGAUCACCGACCCCAGCAGCAGCAGGAAGGAUCAUUCCGUGAACAAGAUGUGUGCUUCCUCCUGCGACUUCGUUAAGCGUCACUUUUUCUCAGACUAUCUGAUGGGGUUCAUUAACUCUGGGAUCUUAAAAGUCGACGUGGACUGCUGCGAGAAAGAUUUGUGCAACGGGGCAUCCGCAGCAGGGCGCAGCCUCUGGGCCCUAGCUGGGGGGCUCCUGCUCAGCCUGGGGCCUGCUCUCCUCUGGGCUGGGCCCUAAGGCCCAUUCCCUCCCUCCUGCUGGGCUUUGGAGCUUGUCCCCCUCCUAAGCCUGUUGCUGCCCCUCCCCAGCCUGGCCUGGCUAGGGCUGGGACAGCAACGGCUUGGCAUCAAGGUCUGAGCCUUCUCCGUUUCUCCACCAGCUCUGUAUCCCAGGUAGCUGGGGCAUCUCCAGGAGACCAGACGUCCUGGCUGGAAGCUGGGGUGGGUGGGGGGGGGGGGAGGGCAGGGGACUGGGACCCUCCAGGUCCCCAAAGGGGAGGGAGGCCAAGCCAGGGACAGCCCAACAGCCUGGCUUGGAACAUUAACUACAGAGAAAUAAAGUCACUUAUGAGUCUUG